AUGAAUGUGACCAACAUCUGUGAGGCAGAGGUGCCUUUCGGGUUCCUCCCCCGACUUAAAGGGGUGUACAUCGCAACCGAGCUCAUCGUCGCUGUGCUGGCUAUCAGUGGAAACACUUUGGUUUGUCUGGCCGUCAUCCGCAACAAGAAGCUGCGCACCAUCACAAAUUACUUUCUGGUGUCCCUGGCAGUGGCGGACAUUCUGGUGGGCUUGGUGGCCAUUCCCUGUGCAGUGCUGACAGACCUGGGUAAACCUCGCUAUAACCUUCCUCUCUGCCUGGUGCUGCUCAGCAUCCUGAUGGUUCUCACGCAGAGCUCCAUCCUGAGCCUGCUCGCUGUCGCAGCAGAGCGCUACAUGGCCAUCUUCCUGCCCUUCCAGUACCAGCGCAUGAUGAGCCCCAGGAAUGCCAAAUGGGUCCUCACGGUCACCUGGGGCACUGGGGCCAUUUCCGGUUCGGUUCCACUCAUGGAUUGGCAAAGGCAGCCAGCACACUCGAAGUACUGUAUCUUCACCUGUGUGGUGGACAUGAGCUACAUGGUCUACUUCAACUUCUUCUGCUGCCUCCUCCUGCCUCUGGUGGCCAUGUUCGUCAUCUACGGCCACAUCUUCGUCACCGUUCGCCGCCAGCUCAGAUUCAUUCAAAGUGCUGCUGGUGGCAACAGUGGGACUGGGAGAGAGGAUAACAGGAAUUAUGCUUCUGCAGAUGAGCCUGACCUGAGGACAAGGAAAGACACCGUUGGACAAUUUGAGGAAAAGAAGAGAAAAGGUGGAGUUGAAGCAAAGGCUGGGAAUGAAGUCAACGCUGGUGUUGAUUGUGUUAUUGACACUAAAGUGACUACUAUUUCCACAAAGCUGGGAUUCAGAAUCACACCAGCUCAUUUGAAUUCUGCCUCCACUGACCUUGAGCCAGGAGCGUCCACUGUGGCCAAAUCCAACAUCUGCACCCGUCAGGAGCUGCGGAAGGCCACGUCCCUCUUCCUGGUCCUGUUUCUCUUCACGGUGUGUUGGCUGCCCAUCCACAUGCUGAACUGUGUCCAGCUGUUCUGCCCACAGUGGGAUGUGCCCAUGCCCCUCACACUUGCAGCCAUUUUGCUUUCCCAUGCCAACUCGGCCCUGAACCCAAUCCUGUACGCGUACAGGAUGAAGUCAUUCCGGCGCGCUCUGAUCGCAAUGUGGAGGGUUGGACCCAAGCACUGA